AUGACUGAUGGAGAUCAGAUAAAGCCUGCUGUAAAUGCAUUGGAUGUUGAAAGCGACUCCAGUGAUGACUUUGGGAAUUUUUCAGAUGCUUCAGUGGAAAAUGAUCUUUAUAACCAGGAUUCCAAGCUACAGAUAUCUUCGGAAUCUGUGGUAGAUAACUGCCUGAAUAAGUUAUUAGCUAAUGGUGAAUUCAAUUCGGAAAAGGAAGCAAUAAGUAAUGAUUGCUUUAAGUUGAGCAAAUUGAUUGAGGAUGAACGACCCCAUGUCAUUUAUGAGCAACUCGUACAACUAGAUCCUGUGUUACACCCAUUUAUAUGGAGUAAAUCUCAUAUACGUAGGAACUUGCUACAUAUUUUGAGAUUUUCCGAUAAUGAUGACCUUGAAGAGGCCAGUAAAAAGAAGGAAGAAGAGCCGCUGAAUGAUGAAUUGUUUAAGAGGAUAUGCGAUAUAGUAGAAAAAAACGAACAAACAACGAUGGGUCUCUUUCUGAGGGAUAAUUUUAAAAUCGACUACACACCACCAAUGACUUUGAAAUCUCUUCAAAGAGAAGAAGAGCGUGAACAAGAGCAACAUAUACCGCAAUUGCUUACCGCCGAUUUUACUGACAUGGAUGAAGAAUCUUUACGCAAAUACCAUGAUACGUUGUGUCAGUCCAUCGACUUUCUCGUAAGUAAGUCGAGAUCACUGAAGCAAAAACAGCAAGAUCUCCUUAAGGAUAAGACAACUUUUGAGAAUGUGGUAACGAAUUUAACAGGGCAUACCCAAAGACAACAGAGAGAUGAAAUUGCAUUGUAUAACAAAAAGCGAAGCAGAAAAAAAAGGUUCAGUUGGACAGGACACUAA